AGUAGCUCCGGGAGUUUCGAGUACUUCGUGUCUGGCACUAUCGCGGGUCGUUGUUGAUUGUGUGAGUGUGAUCUCUUGACCCGAACGACUCGGAGGAUCAACCAUGUCCUCGGUAUCGAGAACCAGCAAAUACGUUUACAAGAGCACUUCCGGCACCACCGGUGAUAUCUCCAUCGAGUAUGGAACCGACCUCGGUGCCCUCACCAGGCUCGAGGAUAAGCUCCGCCUGCUCCAAGAAGACCUGGACAGCGAGAGAGAGCUCAGGCAGAGGAUCGAACGUGAAAGGUCUGAUCUACAGUGUCAGCUGAUCGCUCUCUCCGAUCGUCUGGAAGAGGCCGAAGGUGGAGCCGAAUGCCAGGUUGAAAUGAACAGGAAGCGAGACACUGAGCUCUCAAAGCUCAGGAAGCUGCUGGAAGAUGUCCACCUGGAAAGCGAGGAGACUGCCCACCAUCUACGGAAGAAGCACCAGGAAGCAAUUGCUGAGUUCCAGGAGCAGCUCGACGCCGUCGCCCGAGCUAAGGCUAAGUCCGAUAAGGAGAAGCAGAAAUUUCAGGCUGAAGUAUACGAACUUCUAGCUCAGGUGGAGAAUACCCAGAAGGAGAAAAUGACCGCUAUGAAAACCGUGGAAAAACUCGAGACUACCAUUUAUGAGUUGAACAUCCGUAUUGAAGAGCUGAAUAGGACCAUCACUGAGGUCACUGCCCAGAGGUCUCGUCUCAGCGCUGAGAACGCCGAAUAUUUGAAGGAGAUUCACGAGUUAAAAGUGUCUCUUGACAAUGUCAACCAUCUGAAAAGUCAACUUGCAACUCAGCUGGAGGAUACCCGUAGGAGACUAGAGGAUGAGGAAAGAAGGCGUUCCACCUUGGAGAGCCACGUCCACACCUUGGAAGUGGAAAUCGAAUCUCUGAAAGUGCAGCUUGAUGAGGAGGCUGAGGCCCGCCUGGAAAUUGAAAGACAACUGUCGAAGGCUAAUGCCGAUGCUGCCACGUACAAAAGCAAGUACGAAGCCGAAUGCCAGGCCCACAUUGAUGAGGUCGAAGAUCUUCGUCGCAAGAUGGCUCAGAAGAUCGCCGAGUACGAAGAGCAGCUCGAAGCCUUGCUCAACAGAUGCUCGUCCCUCGAGAAGCACAAAUCUCGCCUCCAGUCGGAGGUUGAGGUGCUCAUCAUGGACCUUGAAAAGGCCACCGCUCAUGCCCAGGCACUUGAAAAACGCGUUUCCCAACUAGAAAAGCUCAAUAACGACCUGAAGGCCAAACUUGAAGAGGUUACCAUGCUCAUGGAACAGGCCCAAAGGGAUGCCCGGCAAAAAGCCGCCGAGCUGACCAAGUUGCAGCACGAUUAUGAGAAGCUCCAAGAGCAGAAAGACGCCCUGGCCCGCGAGAACAAAAAGCUUAGCGACGACCUUCAGGAUGCCAAGAGCUCGUUAGCCGACGCUAUUCGCCGUUGUCAUGAGCUCGAGAUCGAGAUCAAGCGCCUUGAGAACGAACGAGACGAGCUCAGCGCUGCCUACAAAGAGAGCGAGAGCCUGCGCAAAUCGGCCGAAAACCGUUGCCAGGUGCUCCAAUCGGAGCUCCAGCAGGUGCGUCACGAGUAUGAGAAACGGCUGGCUCAGAAAGAGGAGGAACUGGAGGCUCUGCGCAAGCAAUACCAGCUCGAGGUCGAGAGCUUGAACAUGCGUCUGGCCGACGCCGAGGCUAAGCUCAAGACUGAGGUUGCUCGCAUCAAGAAGAAAAUGCAGGCCCAAAUCACCGAGCUGGAGAUGUCGCUUGAUGCUGCCAACAAACAGAACCUGGAUCUGCAGCGUGUCAUCAAAAAGCAAGCUAUGCAAAUUCAAGAGCUCCAAGCCCACUACGACGAGGUAGCCCGUCAGCUGCAGCAGACCCUCGACCAGCUUGGUGUGUCGCAGAGGAGGUGCCAGGGCUUACAGGCUGAACUUGAUGAGCAGCGUGUGGCUCUUGAGUCCGCCCUUCGUGGCAAGCGCGUCGCCGAGCAGUCUCUUGAGGAAUCAAUGAGCCGCAUUAAUGAGCUAACCACCAUCAAUGUCAAUAUUGCCUCGGCCAAGAGUAAGAUCGAGGGAGAACUCACCGCUCUCCAGGCCGACUAUGAUGAACUGCAUAAGGAGCUCCGCGUUGUCGAUGAACGCUUGCAGAGGACGCUCGUUGAGUUGAAGAGCACCAAAGAUCUGCUCGUUGAGGAACAGGAAAAAUAUAUCAAGUGCGAGUCGAUUAAGAAGUCGCUCGAGAUUGAGGUCCGCACCUUGCAAGUACGCAUUGAAGAGGUUGAGGCUAAUGCACUGGCUGGUGGCAAGCGUGUCAUUGGCAAACUCGAGGCAAGAAUCCGGGACAUCGAACUGGAGUUUGAUGAGGAGAAGAAACGCCACAGUGAGACUCAGAAGGUGCUUCGCAAGAAGGACCACCGUGCCAAGGAACUGCUGCUACAGACCGAGGAGGACCACAAAACCAUCACGAUGCUCAACGAUACCAUUGAGAAGCUCAACGAGAAGGUUAAGGUCUACAAGAGGCAGUUGAACGAGCAGGAAGGCCUCAGUCAGCAAAAUCUGUCCCGCGUGCGUCGCUUCCAACGCGAGCUGGAGGCCGCUGAGGAUCGGGCCGAUUCUGCUGAAGGAAACCUGUCUCUCAUCAGGGCUAAACACAGGAGCUGGGUCACCACCUCCACUGUGCCCGGCGGUAGCCGGCAGGUGUUCAUCACCGAGGAAAGCACCACCCAACAGGUUUAAGUGCUACUAUUUACCAUCCACACACGGUUCCGUCAUGUCACAGCGCAGUCAACAGCAGCGUCGCCGACCAGGCCCGGGGUGACGUCGUGCAUUGAACGUAGUUCACUUAUUAGACUGAAGAACACUGAAGAGCUGAAGAAAGACUACGUACAACGAACGACGCCGCCCCAUCAUAAGGCUGCUCCUAGCGCCUGGUAUCAGUUACUCCAGUCAAAUCUUUUCGGCAUCCUGAAACGCAACAUUUCGUUGAGAACAAUCAACGACCCGAAGGCAACUUCUUUGGUCAAGAUUUAUCAGGACAAAAUGCUGGCGUCUGAUUUCCAUUGAUCGUUGUAUGAGAUAGAACAGUAAAUCAGUUUGAGGGUGCGGAGGAUCUCCAUCGUUAGGACGAACGUUCGAUCGUCAUGGAGUGGCCAGGCACCCGCGCUAGACGCUGCCUUGCCCGGGGUGGCGUGGGGUUCGAGCCCCUGACUACUACAUUGAUGGUGGACAUCCACUAUUACGCCUAAUACCUUUCGCAAAGACAAACGAUCAAUUCCAUCCCCUAAGAACAAUUCAUCAAAGCAAAACAAAACGAUCAGUGGCUCGAAACCACCGCCAUUCCAACCCCAGAAAUUUACAAAAUACUGAAAGAAAGAACCCAGUAGAAGUAAGAGCCUAUACAAGACAACAUUCACAAUUCAGUUCCCAGCAAGGAGAUAAUCAUAUAUAUGCCAUGACCAAAAAAAAUGAGAGUUAUGAAGCCUCUAUAGUUUUCGAGUUGGGGACAUGGCCGAAAUAAUCCGGAGGCAAUAGUCAAACGGUGUUGGUGGGACACCAGAGGGUAAUAAAAGGUCAACUAGGUCUAGACAGAUGGUUAGAAUCUAUAGCUCAAUUAACCGAAAUAUCCCCUACGAUUGAUCACUUGAUACCGCUGUGCAUCGACUGGCAAGAACAUAACGGAAACUCAAAAAUAAACAGAAAAAUAAUCUGAUGAAAAUGAAGGAGGCAAUGGAAAUGUAGUCAGUCGAACUGAGACAAGUGUGUGUGAUCGGCCACGAAGCGAAACGUCGGAGCUACAAUCGCCCGAAGGUUUGUCCUCCCCUGACAACGACAACGAUAUUGUUUAUGUCAAACUAGCAGACGACAGCCGCACGAAACAUGCAACAGAAUCGACCGAAAAAAUCUAUAUAUAAGUACAAAUCCCCUACUCAUAGCGUCGUACUCGUAGCGACCUAUCGAAACAACCCGUAUGUAUUGAUGUAAUUAUAGUGACCCUGUUGAGAAUCAGCAUCCUCCUCCGGUCGAACCCUUUUUCUUUUCCAUCGACCAAUCUCCAACCAUUGCGGUUUGUCUAUUUUCAUUGCCAAACGGGUACGUUUAAUGAGAGUCUAUCAAUCAACAAUAAUUACGUCCAUAAAUAGAGAACGAAAGAAAAACGAAUGCAUGAACGUGUGUUGCGUGCACGUAUCGCGAUACUAAAAGACCAACAACAACAACUACAUCAUCAUCAACAACAACGACGACGACGACGACGACGACAACAACAAUGAAAGAAACAACAAAAUACUAAUAAUGCUUAACAGCAACACCGCUUAUGAGAUCAAGAUAAGUACUUACCGGAGCGCCACUAGAGAUUAUAUGGAAACAACGAAACACCAUAAGGCGAUAAAGAUAAGACAUCGAUAAUUAUAAUGAUCCUCAUUAAAAAAUGCAUGAACAAGAUCAGAACGGAAUAUGACAUCAAACAAAUAAUACAGUAAUCGAUACAGAUACUAAAUAAAAAAAAAAUAAUAAACAAAAAUCGAUCGCAGAUUGUGUGUGAACCAGGUAAGUGCUGCCUCUGCGGGUUACAGCUGACGCUGCUCACAACUAUGAUAACAUAUUAUGGAACAUAAGAAAAUUGAAAAAUAUCUUUAUGAACAGCAAAAUGCUAUGAGAUUAAAGGGCAAACGAUAUCACAAUUUUGUUAUUUAUUAUUAAACUACUAUUAUUAAUAAAAGGCGCCAAGUAAAAAGCU